AGAAGCCUGGUUCCGAUCGUCCGACGAUGCUACGCGAUCGUAAGCUGCAGCUGGAGCUAGAGCAGAAGACGGGGGGAAAGGUGGCUACAUCGUUUCGGGCUUUGGGCCGGGAGGUCGGAGCAACGGGCCAAACAGUGAAAAAACACUCAGCGGAGAUGAACAUGCGAAAACGUAUCUCAAGACCGCUGGAUGGCAAUGACUGGCAGGGAACUAGCUACUUUACGUCCCCUAUCAAGGAUCGAAAAGAGGAUUACAAAUCCGCUCUUCUUCCAUUCGGGGCUUACGGUGAACGGGUAGAUUUACAUCACAAAGAGCCUGCCGGAAGUUGCCAACUCUCCAAACGCCCUCCAUCGGCGUCCCAUCGAGAGUUUUCGAUCUGAAACGGAGGGUCUACUCCAAUAAUUUCGUGGUAAAAACGAAGGAUGAACUAAUAAAUCAAGCUAAGAAAGAGGUGAAAAACAUGCCAGCAAGUAUGUUUUCGACAGC